UCGCCUAUGCUUCGGAUUUCUCUUACGAUCCUCGGUGAUGUUUCCAAACUUACGCCUAUCCCUGGGCUCCGUGAAGCUGCGAGGAUGUUGUUGGCGGUGUGGGAGGCUGUGGAUGUAGUUGAGACUAACCGCCUCCAAUGUCUCCGCCUUACCGAACGCUGUGCGACUGCGAUUUUUUCUGUGCGCGCUGAGAUUGCGGAUGCUGAGAGGGAUAUGAAGGCCCAGCAAGGUGAGCGUGGGGAUGGUGGUGUUGUGGGGCUGGCGGAGGAGAUGCAAGGCCCUGUCGGGAAGCUGAGCGAUUGUGUUGAGAUGGUGUACAACUUCCUCGUAAAGCUCAAUCGCCGCCCAUUCAUCAAGCGGUUCCUGCGUAGCGACGAGAUCCAGCAGGAAAUCCAGGCAUGCGAUAAGGCACUUGGGGAUGCGAUGCAGAUGUUUAGUAUCUCAAUUCAAAUCAGAAUCCUCAAAGAAUUUAAACGUUUUGCGGGGGAGUGGCAAUCUAAUACGGGUCGCCAGGCGCAAGGGCUUACUCCCCCACCCUCGUAUGCUACUCCGCUGAUGCAGAUCCCGCAUGUGUCCCUAGACCACACCCCAAGGGUCGCGCCACAUUUGCUUCCAGAACCGCAAGACAUUCUCCCAGAAACGUCGGGGCUGAGCAGGAAUCCUCCGGUACAAGAUUCAUCGUUGUCCCCACCUUCUAUGCACUCCCUGAACAACAAUGCUGUCUCUUCCUCUGCUUCCAACGACACGCACAUUUCCCCUCUCACUGAACUUCAACACCUCCACACCGCCGAAAACGCCUCAGAUAUAGAACACGACCGUGCUCUUUUCCACGCCACACUCCAAUCCGUCAUCAGCGCUCGCAAUGAUGCUGAGGUGUUGAAGGUACUGGAAGUACAUCCUGGAGAAGUACCUGAGGCAUUAAAAGCGCUGCGGAGGGCCGUGGAAACGCUGAGGAGGACCGGGGACGCUAGCGAAGGGAAAGGAAGUGAGGUGAUCGAAGAUCUGGGCUUGGAGAGAGUGUUCAUGGAGACUGGGAUUGAGGCUAUGACAAGACUGAGUAGUGUUGCUGUACAGAAGGCGGAAGAUGUUGAUGUUGAUGUGCCUUGGGACCUACCGUCUUGGACUAUAACUCGCUACGAAGCUGACCGACUCACCCUGAUUGGCAGUGGCUCCUUCUCCAAGGUCUACCGUGGCAAGUGGUCUGGGCAGCGUGUCGCCAUUAAAGUCCUCUCCUCCUACACCCCUGCAUCUCUCUUCAGAAAAGAGGUAGAGAUAUGGAAGAAGCUGAGGCAUGAGAAUGUAUUGAAGAUGUGGGGCGCGAGCAGUGCACAAGGCGAGCAACCGUGGUUUAUCGUGAGUGAGUAUUGUGGGGGCGGAAGUUUGGUGGAGUGGUUGAGGGAGAGGAAGGGGAGGGUUAGUGAACCAAGCGCUGGGGUUGCAUUGAAUCCUCCGAGUGUAGGUGCCAAGGGAGACAUUGAUCUUCUCCGGUGCAUGCAUCAUAUUUCGAGGGGGAUGGUGUACUUGCAUAAUGAGAAUGUGUUACAUGGAGAUCUCAAGGCCUCGAAUGUGUUGGUUGAUGACAACGGGCGUUGCGUCAUCUCCGACUUUGGGCAGAGCGAGAUGAAGUGGGAGGUGGCGAGGAGGAGUGGUAAGCCGAUCACGAACGGGACGCUGCGCUGGAAAGCACCAGAAUUGCUGAAUGGAGCCACAAAGCUGACGGCAGCUACGGAUGUAUACGCCUUCUCCAUCUGCUGCAUUGAGAUUCUUGGCAUGGGCGACCUUCCGUAUGGACAUCGUGAUGAUACGCUUGUUGCGCUUUUCGUCCUGGAUCAAAAUAAACGCGCCGAGAUUCCUUCCACACGCAUCACUUCACUCGUCGAGCCCCUCAUACAAGAAUGCUGGGUUCGUGAUCCCGAGCAACGACCUGCUUUUACAUAUGUAGCCGCGACGCUCAAGCGUUUCCGUAAGCGCCAGGGCGGGAUCGAGGAAUCCCCUGUCCCAGUGCAGGCCGAUAUACUCAUGGAGGCUCGUUCCUGGUCACAGCCGCAUCACCACUCGCCCAGCAUGCUUCCUUCUGAGCUGCCAGAGACAUCUCCAGAUGGUGUACGGCGCCAGGAAAGAAGACCUGGACCUAGUGAUGCGGAGUCGUCGUCAACAGCAUCGUGUGGGUCCCAACCGAGACCCUUCCACCCGCUUGGACGGCCAUGCAAUAAUUCAUCGCAUCAUUGGGAACCCAUCGUGGACCCUCAUACGGGGAUUAUGCAGAUGCCUGAGGGUAGAUAUUCAGGGACUGUGACCUAUACGCCGUCUCGCAGGUUAUCUUUGGUGGAGAGCCUGAGCGAUUCCAUGAGUAGUGUUUCGUCGCAUCUUACGUCAACGGUUGAACACGCCACGCCGGAGGAGGUCCGGCAUCAUCAUUCGCGUCUCACGCAUCAUGUUGGCUUAGGGCACGAAUUGCCCCUGCCAAUGGAUGAGCACCUCAUGGAGAGGAAAAACGAGUGGCGGUUCAGGUCCUUGGCGCAAUCGGGCCAUGGAUUCCAUCGUUCCCUUACCUUACCCCUUUGGUCGCCUUCUCAUGUCGAGCUGGGUGCAGUAGGAUAUCUCUCUGCGCCAAAAGGGGAGUUCAUCACGCUCUUUAAUGCCAUGCAGCCCCAACAAACAACGGGAAGCAAAAUCACGAAUAUUCCUUCGCUGGGCGGGUACGCCGAGGGACCUAUUCGGAUCGGGAAGAAGUUCGACUCGAGGCGCACGGUAACGCAGAGGGGGCUUGAGCUCAUCUCUGGGUUGUUGACCUUCGGGCUGGUGGAUAAUAGGUCGUAUACGGAACACAUUUCGAGGCGUCAUCCGUUCCCCCUUCGAGCAGGCCACAAGGCGGCCUAUAUCUAUGUAGAGUCGACAAUGUACCGGUUCAUGGAGGACCUUACAGCACCGAAGGAAUGGUUCAAGGCCAACGUCAAUGCCAUCAUCAAGGAGUAUGCUCCUCGUCACCCCAUUCAGAAAGAAGACGUCAUCGUAGUUGUCGGUACUUUGUGUGCGCCAGAGUAUGCGCUGUUCGUGAGCCACUCUCAUCCUGAUGGCCAAGCCUAUUUCAACGUCUUUUCGGACCGCGAGAAUGGUCGACCAUGGGGCACCUUCACCAUAGAUACUGAGUACCCUUCUGACGAGGGCGGCCCCUCAUACGAAGAGAUACCCCGAAAGGCAGUGUUCGCGAGUAAAGUAUCGCCGGUACGGAUGAAUGCUGGAUCUGACGACAAGGAAUGGGAUACGUUGAUGUUGGCCCGGCUUCGCUUCCCCAUAGAUGCAACGGAGCCUACAUCACAGUAAUAUUGGAACCUGACUUUUUGAUUGCAUAUCCAGUUAUUUAUCUCGUCCGGUUUCACUGACUAGGCGUAUCAUCUUGUCUUCAUGUUUUCGUGCUGCAUCUUAUGGAAUGUUAUGAACCUUAUUUUAUUGCACAAUUAGUUUCUUUCACCCGGACAUUUACUUUAUUGCCUCAUACAUAUAUCACAGAUACCCUUCAAUUGAGCUCCGGAAUUGCCCUCUGAGCGUCUACAGCCAGUAAUUUAAAACCGUACAAAACAAAUAUUCAGUUUUCUUGGUGACAGACGAGAGAAGACACUUUAGUCGUGGCAUGAUGUCUGUCGCGUCAGAUUUAGGAUGCCAUAUCCACUAUUUCAUGAGUGUGCAGCCUGCUUGAUGAAAACAUAGAGGUCGUGCUGGCAGCCGGUGAAUGCCAGUUCUUCCGAAGGUACCUCCUUUCGAUCAUUCGAAUGAUUCCUCGAUGAGAUGAUGAUCUGGAGCGAGUCAC